UCCCCUCGGAUGUCUUGUGAUACUUAGUCAUUAACUACAUCACAUGGAAUAAGUCACGUGAAAUAAGAGAUAUGAAAUUUUAUGUACAGAGAAGAGACUGAAUUUAAUAAGCUCUGAAUUGAUGAAAGGGAAAGGGUAUGGAACCAAUGAUCUAUGCUUGCAGAUCUAGAGCAGCAUCUGUGACAUCAAAAGCAAAAUCUAACGACAGUUUAGCCUCUCUACCCACUAGCAAAGAAUCAAAAGAAGGAUUUCUUCAGAGCUUAAUUUCAAAAGUCACUUCCAAGAAGGACAAGUUGCCAGACAGUCUUCAUGAUGCAAUUCAAGAAGGCAGGGUCCAAGAUGUCAGCAAAUUGCUUCAAAACUUUGAUGCCAAAUACAUAUUUGAGAAAACAAACUCAAACGGUGAUCCUCCUCUCAUCGCCGCGACACGGUGCGGACACAAAGAUAUAGUGGAGCUUCUCCUGAGGUAUGGGGAUAAUGUCAAUCGCCAAAACACAAGUGGCAUCACACCUCUCAUGAUAGCCAGCAGAGUUGGAAACCUCUCUAUCAUGCAGACAUUACUGAGAAAUCCAGGCAUAGCUGUGAACCACACAGACUUUCACCACAAAACAGCUCUUCUGUGGUGCAUGCAGGCGUCUGAUGAACACUACACCUUAGAAGCUGUCAAAAUUUUACUUGACAAUGGUGUGAAUCCAAGUUUGGAGGACAAAAGUGGGAACACUGCAUUAACGUUGGCUAAAAAGAAAGGAUUUUUUGCCAUAGUUGAUGUACUCUGCAAGCAUAUGAAUGAACACAAAGUCAACAGUACCAAAGACCAGCUUACAUCUUCAGGGGAAUUUGAAAAUUCUCUAAGCUCUAUAACAACCAUUUCCUCACAUUCAUUUGGAGCUUCUUCCUUUGCCUCUUCUCACAUUGACACAGGAGAGGAUAAUACGCUGGCAAAAACCAUCCAAGUUGUGGCUAAGCGGAUAGGGACAGACUGGAAAAUGUUGUUCAGAGACCUCUAUUUACAGCCAGGACAACAAGCAAGGAGCGUCUCUGUGAAGCACAUUGAACACAAGGCCCAGGGACUAUAUGACAUGGCGUAUGAAGCGCUGAUGGAAUGGAGGCAGAGUCAGGGCGAUGGCGCCACUGUACAAGUACUGAGGAACGCACUCUUAGAAUGUGGCAGGAAAGAUAUUGCUGAUAUGAUCAGAGACCAUGAAAACUGAUAUGAUUUAACAGCAUACAGACUGUCACUGCAUAUAUUCGAUUCAUUUCUAACUUACCCCAGAACUGCACAAAUGUGUCUCUAGUAAAUAUUGUUGUUUUAUUUUUUAUGUUUUUUUUUAUGGUUUGUGUAAGUUAUGAUUGCAAACAAUGAUUUAGGAUAAAAAACUAUUAGUUGCCUGUGCUCAUUAAAUGGGCCCAGGGGAGGUCUCCAGGUCAACACUAUAUAGCCCCUAUGGGAUGAAGAGACCGUGGGGUGUGAAAUAAUUCAAAAAACCAUUAGCAAUCUCAUGGAUCAUGAAAUAUUGAUCUCCUUGUAGCUAAACAAACAUAAAUGAUGGAAAUUUAUACAAAUGGAAAGA